AUGAAGGAUGGUGUUCUUCAAAACUCCUUCAUGGGGAGAUUUGAUCGCACGACGAGUACAAGUACUGAGCUUGAAUAUAGACCAGUUGGUAAGAUAGGAGAGGGGACGUUUUCUGAUGUUCUGAAGAUGCUGAGUCUUAGGGAUGGAAAAUACUAUGCAUGUAAACACAUGAAACAACAUUUUGAAAGUAUUGAACAAGUGAAUAAUCUGAGAGAAAUACAAGCACUAAGGCGGCUGAAUCCACAUCCUAAUGUCCUUAUGUUACAUGAAGUUGUUUUUGACAAAAAAGCUGGCUCCCUUUCACUGAUAUGUGAACUUAUGGAUAUGAAUAUUUAUGAGCUGAUAAGAGGAAGGAGAAAGCCAUUACCUGAAAAAAAAAUAAUAAACUACAUGUACCAGUUAUGCAAAUCUCUCGAUCACAUACACAGAAAUGGAAUUUUUCACAGAGAUGUGAAACCAGAAAACAUAUUAAUAAAGCAGAGUACCCUGAAGUUAGGAGACUUUGGAUCUUGUAGGAGUAUAUAUUCUAAGCAGCCAUAUACAGAAUAUAUCUCCACACGCUGGUACCGAGCACCUGAGUGCUUACUUACAGAUGGCUACUAUAGUUACAAAAUGGAUAUGUGGAGUGCUGGCUGUGUUUUCUAUGAAAUCACAAGUUUACAGCCGCUCUUUCCAGGAUCUAAUGAACUGGAUCAAAUAUCAAAAAUCCAUGACAUUAUAGGCACUCCUGCCAACAAAACUCUCAAUAAGUUCAAGCAGUCAAGAGUUAUAAGUUUUGAUUUUCCCUUUAAAAAAGGAACAGGAAUACCUCCUCUUGUACACAAUUUGUCUCCUAAAGGCUUCUCUCUCCUGUAUGCAAUGAUAAAAUAUGAUCCUGAUGAGCGAAUUGCUGCCCAUCAAGCACUACAGCAUCCUUAUUUUCAAGAAUUCUGGGCAGCUGAUAAGCAAGCUUUGGCCAUGCACAAGAAAGUAAGAUUACUGGGAAAUACUGCAGGGCAAGAACCUCUGCAUUUGUGGCAAAUUCCAAAGGAAAGGCAAAGACAGUCUGAGAAACGGAAGGAACUUAAGUCUUCUCUGAAACAUUCCCACUUACCUGCUAUAGAAAGAAGAGGAGGCGGUUACUGACCAGCUUGUCAAGUGUUUGGAGUGUGAGGAAAAGCAUGAGUAUGCAGUGGGACAGGCCCACCACGCUUUCAUUGUUAGAGGUCUAACAAGAACAGUGCCUUACUUUGUGUUCCUCUAAUAAUUCAUAGGAAAAAAUCCACAAGGUUAUGAAGGGAUGUUUACCUAGAAUUUUGGACUUCUAGUCUUGAAGACUAUCGCUAUUUAAUUAAAGCGCUGCUUUGGCAGAGCUCAGAAAGCACUCCAUAGUGAGCUAUUCCAAAAAAUUUUUCCUUUUAGAACCUGAUGGAGGAAGGGUUUGAUUAAAAGUAACAUGAAAGGAUUCUUUGCGCUUGAGUAUUAGAAAUGGAAUAUUGUAUGCAAACAUUACAAAUGACUAGUUUGACCUGUCACUUUGUGUAUUUUCUUAGAUAUAAAAAAGUCUUAUUUUUCAGUCAUCUCUGGAAAGUAUUUACCUCCUGGAUUUAAUUGCUUCAACCUCAAGCUUUAUUGAGAACUUGCAGCGUAUGCCGUCAUUUCCGACGCUUGUUUCUGAUAAUGUUGUAACUUUUGGAUAUUUUUAUAUAAAUAUCUAUUAGAUAAAAAGAUAAAGUAACAUUUUAUCUGAUUCAAAAGCAAAUCAGCUUUGGUCACGGUUAUCUUUAAGCCACUGUUCUUAAUUUUAACAACGUUUUAAGAGCAAUUGAUGUUGCAGCUAGUUGCUUAAUAGAGUAGUAAAGAAAUACAUUUUUUUUCCACAUUUGAGGAAUUUUUGGACAUAGCAAAUCAUUGCAUUGAUUGAUCAUCAAUAACAAUUUAAUAUAAUGUUACUGUUUGUUAUGCUAUAAAAUGCAAAAGUCAGUCAAAAAUAGUAUUUUUACUUUACUUGGAAAGAGCAUAAGUAGUUAUUGUAAUGUAAAACUUCGGAAACAUCCUAAAAAUUAUAGUAAUUACAUUUGGUGAUCUGUUACAAAACAGUUCUACCAUUUAAAAAAAAA